AUGGUUUCUAAAAAUGUUAUAAAUGUUAUACAGAAUAACGAAGAUAUUGAUUUUAAUGAAGGUUUCCUUGAAGAUGAGCUUGACAGACUACAAGCAACCUUGUUUUACUUAAUGGAUAAAGUACAACUAGUUGAUAUUGUAGAAAUAUGGGAAUUAAUCAGGCUUACAAGAAUAUACAAACAUUACAUUAUUUUACUAGCUGAUGGAGUGGAAAUAAUAACACAAUUUCAGCAUAUCAAUAAUAAUCCUAUGGUUAUUAAACAUUGUGGACAACCUGCAACUAAACGAAUAAAAGUAUCAUUUGAAAAUGAUAUGCAAUAUAGUAGAACUAACAAUAGUAUACUUAGUUUAUCUGAUCUCAAUUUACAUGUGUGA